AUGGGCGCUCAGGAGAAACAGCCAUCUCAAAAGUCACCGGGAAUGGAGACGCAGUUUGCCGCCAUCCUGGCGGAUGCUGCCAAGCUCUUCAAAGAUUCAUCCGACAAGGAUCUAACACUUGACGAGUUUCUGACGCCACCGAUGAAGACCAUAUCCGAUCUUAAGCUGCAGUUGACCACCCAGAAUGACCAGUUUAGCCACUUUCGAGAAAAGCGCCAGAGUAUCUUCGACGCCAUUGCAGUAACUCUACGGCCGAUAGAGUUGAUAGGGGACAUAGUGGCCGAGGGAGUUUCAGAAGCUUUCCCACCGGCACAGGGUAUCUUUGCCGCAGUCAUGUAUCUCAUAAAUGCUGCACAUGAUGUUUCCUCCAUGUACGACUCAAUAUUAGAGCUGUUUGAUCAACUCAAGGAUUUCACAUCGAGGCUAGAUGUGUACUUAAACCACACGCUUAGUCCUGCACUACGCGAUAAGCUUGUUACCAUUCUCGCAACCUUAUUCGAGGUUCUCGUUAUAGCUACUAAAGUUGCGCGCAGUGGAAGAUUCAAGGCAUAUUUCAAAAAGCUAGUCGGAAUCGAGAGUCCUGUCCAGCCGGCGCUUCAAAAGCUCAAUGCCUUGACGCUGGGAGAGGAGAGACAAGUCAUUGCAGAGACGUACGGCGGUGUUGCCGAGCUCAAUCUCAAGACUGAUAAAGUAGAGACUCUUGUCGCACAGAUGAGCCAAAACAUCCUGGACAUGAGGUUAGGACAGCAACAAAAUGGGGGCCUUUCUUACAGAGACAAAUUGAGAGAAAUUUUGGAGCCCACUCCAUAUGCAGAGGAUUCGUACAAUGCAUUCAACAAGUACAGAGUUCAAGGAACCGGAGACUGGCUGCUAGAAGAUGAAGGGUUGAAGUCUUGGGUUCAGGGAGAGACCCGCCAUCUAUGGGUGUGCGGUAAUCCUGGUACCGGGAAAUCCUUCUUAACAUCGCGACUUAUUACAUGGGGCCUAGAGAAUCUCCCGCACCUAGGCUAUUUCUUCUUCUCAGCCAAUGAUCCAGAAACAAGAUCUGUGCUGCAGGCGUUACGUGAUAUUGCGUAUCAGCUUAGCGAAGCCGAUGCCUUUUACGCCGAGAAGCUUGCAAGACAGCUGCACAGCAGCGAUGAUAUCAAGACUGUGCCCAGUGCAUUUAGACGACUAUUUGUACAGCCAUUCUUGGAUGAUACUCGCGAUAAGACUAUUUACAUCUUCCUCGACGGCAUAGACGAAGCGGAACAAAGUGAUAUUGAGCAGCUUCUAUCUUUGCUUGCUCCCGAAGACGAAUCCGAACCGUUGAAGGUGCAAUUUGCACUGACUGGAAGGUCAUAUUUGGCUGACAUAGUGUCCUUUGCGCUGGAUCCAAAUGCAAUUGGUCAAGUGUACACAACUAUUUACGUGACACCAGAUCGUAUUGCGGAUGAUGUGAGCGCCUUCAUUUCUGAAGGUGUGCGGCAUUCAAGGAUACUCAGUCGAUCUCCGGAAGAUUUCAAGCAAGAGGUUAUCGAAUCCAUGAAGAAGCAAGUCGACGGCCUCUUCAUCUUGGCCAAAUUCAUGUUGAACGAGAUCAACCAGAAACGUCAUCCUAGCUCGAUUCUCAAAAGCUUGAAGUCAUUUCCAAAAGAAAUUAAUGGAAUGCUCAACGAAACGCUUGCCAAUCUCUCCGUUACCAUCUCAGAGGAGGAUGCUCGUGACCUCAAUGAGAUGCUGCAGUGGGUAACUUGUGCCGAGGAAUCGCUCACGCUAGAGCAGUUGGAAGCUGCGCUCAUCAUGAAAUUCGGAGAUCCUCCCUUGCGACUUGAGGAAUCAUUACGAGGCCAAUAUUCGUGCUUCUUUGCACUCGAGCGUGAAGAUGGGUUGACCACAGAUGACCUGCUCAAAGACUUUGCCAGAACGCAUCGAGAGGUGUAUCCGGAAAGAAACUUUAGAAACGAAAGUCCGCGUCCUCGUGGCCUUAGCUCUUCCGAUACAAGCAGCCCUGGUCGCAGAGUUAGUCCUGCUGGCAGAGGCAGCCCUGCUAGCAAAGGCGCCUUCGGUUAUUCGACCAGUCCACCAGCAGCUGAAAUGCCUAGCCCUACCCGACACUUUAGCCCAGCAAGAAGCCCUGGAGUUUUUGAUGUUUCAAACGAAGUCGAUUUCCGGUCGAAUCCAUCGACAACAUAUGUGACUUUCUCCCACACGUCAGUGAGACAGUUUUUCCAUGAUGGUAAUGCGAACACUGUUCAUGCGACGAAAGGAGGUGUUAUGGUUGGAUUUGACAUGAUGAAGGCUCGCAUCAAUGUCUUAAAGACUUGCCUGAAAAUCUUCAACGACAGGUCGUGGUUCGAUAAUCAGGAGUUGGAUCAUGGCAAGGAAGCUAUAAAGCAAUAUGCCGCGUGGUACUGGCAAGAACAUUUGGCGGCACUUGACCCCGCGAGCGUUCCACCAGAGCACAAAAAGGAGCUCGGUAUGAGCAUAUACAACAUGCUUACCGUGGAGGACAUUAUAUACGACUGGAGCACCAUGUAUGAGAAGAAUAACGAGGGGUUGGAGGUGCUUACCGACUCUAACAUCCAAGGGCUUCGUAAGUGGCUCAAUGAUCCCCAGAUCCUUACGAGCCUUACAUCCGAUGCGAAGGACUUUGUGGCAAAGUCAGUCAACAAGGAUUUGGGGAUUUGUCAAGCAAUCGGCCGAUUUUACGCAAAACAGUGGCUUUCUACAGACUUUUACAAAUAUGUGCCGACACUGUUUUGUCUCAAGAUUGUCCAAAACGUGGCAUUCAUGAGCGAUGAACGCCCCUGGUCUCAAGCACAGAAUCUCUGGUCCGAAACUCCAAUUAGAGAAAGGGUGUUGAAAGCCAUUGAAUGGGCCAAUUAUCCCGAAACAGCGCAUUGGCAUCGACGACUCGGAAGCACAUACCUGAUGUUGGGACUUUACAGCGAUGCCCUGAUUCAUUACAACAAAGCUCUUGAAUUGGAUCACAACAGCGUCGGAACUGCUGGGCGCAUUGCGUACUGCCUGUCCAAAUAUGGUCAAUACGAUGAGGCCCUGGCCCAGGCUCUGAAGUGCGCUGAAAUUGAGGAGAAGAGCAUUCAGGAUAGCACGUUGCAAGGCUAUGCGCUGACCAGCUGCAGAUGGCGACUGUACAAAGAUUAUCUGCUCAUCGCGCGCUGCUCUUAUAUGACUGGGAAAAGAGAGCCUGCUCUUGAGUAUUUUCGCAAAGCAAUUGAUAGCGCACCAGCUGCAAAUUUGAACGCAUCUGAACAUUUUGAGGCUGAAAUUGGCUAUUUGGAAAUGUUGGCGACUGAGAAUCUGCACUCUGAAAUGAUAAAGUUGCUUCAGGAGCUGGCAAAGAAAACAACCACAAAAGAUAAAGAGGCGAGUUUGCUAACCGAUCUACUCCUGGAGAAUUGCGACAAGCCCCUCACCAUGGAAUGGAUUCCCAAAGCAGCCUGCAAGGCCGGGGAAGUAGCCUUCAUAUUACACCAAUAUGAAGUUGCUAUCGAGACUGCCCACACCAUACGCAACCAGAUGGGUGUGCUCUAUCUGCGUCUAGCAUAUGGAAACACCUGCGCCUACAAUCGCGAUCUCGACGCCUCGAUUGCUAUUUUUGAACAGAUUUCUUUGAUUGAGUAUAGACCACGCGGCAACGUCCCGACGCGCCAUGGACAUGCAACUUCUUUCCAGAAGCUGUCUGCUCUAUAUAAGCAAAAGAUUCUUCAAGCCGGUCUCACGUCUCCUGAAGUCAUGAAGUGGCUGGAGAAAUUAGAACAGGUCCAAGAGAAGCAAAGCAAGCAUCAAAAUUUGGAUAUUCCUGCAGACAAAUACGGUUCAGAUGUCAACAUUGCAUCUGUUUAUCUCGCAAUGUUCUAUCGUCUCCUCAAAAAGGAACCCAAUGCUCGGCAGCUUCUUGGGAACUUGGUCAUCAACAGUCUCGACAUUUUACUCGAUGAUGAGCCGCGCAAUGACCAAUAUGCAGUAGAAAAUCUGCUGCAAGUCUUUAUCGCAGCCAAUGAUGCUGAAAAUGCGCAAGCGCUGGCACGAUCUAUGAGAAAAGUCAAUCGUGCAGUUGCAAUGACAACUCCGCUGGCUUCUCCUGUGCACACGAGGGCUGAGCCGAAGCUUCCUGAUAUCCAGUCGGUGAACAAGGCGUGUGCCCAGUGUUUGAACAACAUCUCCAUGUCUGAGAAUUUCUACUUAUGCCAACUGUGUGUGGAUGCAUAUUGUGAGGCGUGCUUGAACGGAAUUAUCAAGCAGCCUGGGAACAAGACCGGCGAUCACAAACUCGAUGUUGUUUGCCGCAGUGACCAUGAAUGGUUUACGAUACCGCCCUUGAAUCAAUUUUUACACACGGGGGAAAUUCUUUGGAACGAUGGUAUGGUGAAGAAUUUUAGAGAAUGGGAAAGCGCCUUGAGACAGAGAUGGUGCGAUGCUCUGCUUUGA